AUGGGGCGUGGCUUGGGGCGUGGCGCGGCAACGCCCUUAAAGCGCAACAUCACUUCCGGUUCGCACUUCCGGGUCCUGCCGCCGCCACCGCCGCCGCCGCCGCCGGUAACGGCUCCGGGCCGGCCCCGCCAUGUUCCUCCUCCUCCUCCUCCUCCCGCCGCCGCCGCCCCCAUGAGCCGCAAGAAAAGCGGCUUCGCCAUCACCAGCGUCCGCGGCGGCGGCACCGCGCCCGGCGAUGCCUCCGGUGCCGCCACCGGUUCUUCCUCUUCCUCCACCGGCAGCCCCGGCAGCGGCUCCCGGUUCCGCCUCGUUCGCUUGCUGUGGCCGGGGGAGGUGCUGCGGCGGGGCCGGUGGCUGUGCCGCGAUUUCUACGAGCGGGACGCGUCCCCGCGGGGCGGCGGCGGCGGCGGCGGCGGCGGCGGCGGCGGCGGGAGGGUCCCGGUGUCGCUGGACGCCCCCCGGGCCGCCCCCGCCGCCCACCAGCCCCGGUCCCUCGGGGCCUUCGCCGAGCUCGUGCAGCAGGCUUUGCCCCCAAAACCCCCCUCGCCACGCCCAGGGGGCGGGGCCGAGCUCAGCGCGCGCCUGGGAUUGGCUGGCGAGGAGGAAGAGGAGGAAGGCGCCGGGAGCGGCGUCAGCGCCAUCGACAACAAGAUCGAGAGAGCCAUGGACCUGGUGAAGUCGCACCUGCUGCUGGCGGUGCGGGAGGAGGUGGAGGCGCUGCGGGAGCAGAUCCGGGAGCUGAGCGAGCGGCGCGCGGCGCUGGAGCGGGAGAACCGGCUGCUCCGGGCGCUGGCCACGCCGCAGCAGCUGUCCCGCCUGCCGGCCCUGCCGCCCCCGGGGCCGCCACCGGGGCCGCCCUGAGCCCGGGGGACUCCCGGGAGCGUCCCGGGGGCUCCGCACCCGCUGCUGCUGCCGCCCGCGCUGGGGGAGCGCCGCCGAUCUCCCCGGCCCUUCCUGCGCCAUUCCGGGCGCUUUUUAAUAAACCCGCGGUUUUUACAGCA